AUGCACUCGGAGAACACGAAUGCGAGAUUUCAAACUCAUUCCUGCCACUUUUGCCUGGAGCAGGGAGUCCGACGCACACCGGGCCCCGUUGAUGGAUCAUGUGUGCGUAUGGAGUCGGGAAUAGCCCCGUUCCCGAAGGAGUUGGGGAUAGACGGAGCGCCACGGCAAGUUUAUGACAGGGAAAUACAACAUCCAUGCUAUUCCUGGGUGGAUGUACGAACGCCCAGGUGGGAUUCUCCGUGCGUUCGGGAGAUCCGGCGGGAAUGUGGAUGCGUUCAGCGUUGGUAUUACCCGGAGUUGCUCCAUCCCUUUAAUGGGGGCCAUGUUUUAAAGGUCAGAGGUCAACGGUACUUCUCGUCGGAUCAACAUCAGCGGGAGUGGGAUGACGUCCACGGAUAUAACGGACAUUGCACAAGGAGACGGGUGUCUUUCCGGCAUCACGGAGAGCAACACACGCUUAACAGCCCUGGGAUCAGCAGACAAUCAAGUCCUGGAAAACCACACAGUAAUGGGGAAAACUCCGCUUUUUUCCCAACCGAGGUGCCCUCCAGCAAGUUGGGGCGCUCGAGGCUGCAGGUGAACGGGUCGAAGAGGGAAAUAAGGACGGAUCAGGGAUGCGUAGGUCUGGAAAACCAUGGCAACCAGAGGAAGAGCCAGGGAACAGUACGGGAACAGAUCAAACAAGUGGUCAAUGAGCUCGAGGAAGUGCUGGGUGGUCUCAAACAGGUCCAGUUGGAGAUGAAAGAGGUCGUCCAACAGAUCGAUGUUCUGACGUCCCACAUUGACCUUGAUGAAGAAGAAACAAGUCCAUCCAAUGGACUCUCCCAAGAUGCCACCAGAAGCAGUCGGACUGAUGUUGUGGCGUUGAUCCACUAUUCGAAUGGUGAAGAGGACACGACUUCCGACUCUUCCCUCGCACACAGCCCUGUGGAUUUAGUUCACAAUAACAGUCCUUCGCCAAUGAGAAACCACACAAGCCUGUCCUCUCCUGAACAGAGACCCGUUACUGUUGAGGAUAAAGGCAGAAGAGUUGUGAAACAAACCUUAGAGACUCAAAGGACUCAAAGGACGCUCAAUGGAAACUGUCUACCACACCGAACGGCAAGGAAAGGGCAACUGGAAAACCACAGACCCCCAGUAGUUCCAGUAGUGUGCACUAACUCAAAUAAAACCCACCGGCCUCCACCUUACCCUCAGAACGGACAGCUGAAGAUGAGGACACCUCCUUACCCUGGAAAACAUAAGAUGCUCUCCUCCACCAUAGUGGACUGAUGCCACACAACCCAUCUGACUCAUAGCGGAGGACGGAGAGCCCUGGGCCGAGGGGCGAUGACUGUAUUUCCCAUGGAAAACUCCAGAAGCAUCUCAAAGCCCUCUUUCUCUCACACACACCCUGCUGAAACAAACAAACAAACCGUUGUACCAACUUAAAGUCAUCAUGGCAUUCGCAACUCAUUUUGUUUAUAAAGUCAGAAGCAUUUCUUAUUAAAACAGGAA